CCGACCGAACACAGUCUGGGGGAGUCAAGAGUGAGAACAGGAGCCCCGGGUCGUCAAUAUAUGCACAAUGGAGAGUCGAAGUGUUUGUGAUAUUUAGAAAAUAUCCCAGGUUGUGUCUCUGAUGCCUGUUUGUGUUCAGUGACAGGAUGUGCAGCAGCAUCUCCGUGGAUUUUUAAUACACUGAUGAAGGAUAUGCGCAGAAACCGCCUGUGGAUGCAGCGAAAAGUAGGGAUUCUUCAUUUGAAGAAAGAAAACUAGCGGAGGAAAACGUGGGGGAACGAAUAGAUUAUUAAUUUUCGUUAUUUCUCCUUUUGGGGGUUUGUCCAUCAGCUCUGUGCAGGAGGGGAGAAUCGUAAAGAAGUUUGUGUGCAAUAUUAAUAUUUUGAAAAAGGCUGAGCGCGGCAUAAGUAGACACAAACUGCUUUUAUUUCUGAGAGAGGAUGGUUAUGAAGUGUCGUUGAAGCCCCUGGAGAGGCUCUUUGGACGUCGGAGACCGGGGCUCGGGCGCACCGUGAGACGGACCGAGCUGCAGCGCAGCACCUGGGACGCACCAAACCCAUAAGACCCCGUUGUCUUCUUUAUCCAUUCCCUCCUCGUCUGUCCAUCUUACCAACCAGAUUCUUUCUUCAGGGUGGUGCGGACUUCAUUGCCGACAAAAAAACUGAUCAUGCGAUGACUGAGCGCGCUUUGGGCACAUCUACUGAGUCCAUUAUAGGAGGCGAAUGAUGGCCGAGGAUGGGGGAAAUCUCUCCGGGGUCCCCGACCCCAGGGGCUCUGAGGGUCGCUCCUCUGUACCGCGGACUUUCAUUCGGCUCAAUGACCUGUCCGCGAUCGGGACAGGAGGCGCAGAGCGCAGCGAGGUGGUCGUGGAGCCAGCGUCCCCAGCGCCUGACGGGAUCUCUACAGGCGGAGAGGAAGCGUCUGCGAGCGGUGGGGAGAGCCUGCCCUACCCCACCCUGGCCCCUGUAGUCUUCUUCUACCUGAAACAAACCACCCGGCCUCGGAGCUGGUGUCUCAAGAUGGUCUGCAACCCAUGGUUCGAGCGAGCGUCCAUGUUGGUGAUCCUACAGAACUGUGUGACACUGGGCAUGUUUCAUCCUUGUGAGGACAUCGACUGCAACUCUGAGAGGUGCAGGAUCCUGCAGGACUUUGAUGACUUCAUCUUUGCCUUUUUUGCCAUUGAGAUGGUGAUCAAGAUGGUUGCUCUGGGGAUUUUUGGAAAGAAGUGUUACCUUGGAGACACAUGGAACCGCUUGGAUUUCUUCAUAGUAUUGGCUGGGAUGUUGGAGUAUUCCCUCAACCUGCAGAACGUCAGUUUGUCAGCAGUGAGGACAGUUCGCGUGCUGAGACCACUGAGAGCCAUCAACCGAGUGCCAAGUAUGCGUAUCCUGGUGACCCUGCUGCUGGACACCCUGCCCAUGCUGGGCAACGUGCUGCUGCUCUGCUUCUUUGUCUUCUUCAUAUUUGGCAUCGUGGGCGUCCAGCUGUGGGCCGGCCUGCUCAGAAACCGUUGCUUCGUGGAAGACAACUUCUCCUUCCCUCUGUCACUGAAGUUACCAAAAUACUACCACACUGAAAACGACGACGAGAACCCUUUCAUCUGCUCUCAGCCCCGAGAGAACGGCAUGAGAGACUGCGGCUCAGUGCCCAAGCUGUAUGAGGAGGGAGGCCUGCAGUGCACCCGGGACAUGUAUUCAUACAACAGCACAGACAACACCACCUGUGUCAACUGGAACCAGUACUACACCAACUGCUCUGCUGGUCCGUUCAACCCUUUCAAGGGGGCCAUCAACUUUGACAACAUCUGCUAUGCCUGGAUUGCCAUUUUUCAGGUGAUCACCCUGGAGGGCUGGGUGGACAUCAUGUACUUUGUGAUGGAUGCUCACUCCUUCUAUAACUUCAUCUACUUCAUCCUACUCAUCAUUAUUGGCUCAUUCUUCAUGAUCAACCUGUGCCUGGUGGUCAUCGCCACUCAGUUCUCAGAGACCAAGCAGAGGGAGAGCCAGCUGAUGAAGGAGCAGCGAGUGCGAUUCAUGUCCAAUGCCAGCACUCUGGCCUCGCUCUCUGAGCCGGGCUCCUGCUACGAUGAGCUACUCAAGUAUCUGGCGCACAUCAUCCGCAAGGGAGCCAGACAAGUGGCCCACGUCUGCAGGCUCUUGGCUCGCCGUGCUGGGCUGAACAUCGCUGCCUCACCCCCGGCAAUGGAGCCCCAACGCAGCCAGGGCCAGAGGAGGAGGAGGAAGUCCUCCAGGCAGGGAUCAGUGUCUGUUCAUCACAUGGCGCACCACCACUACCACCUGGGGAAUGGCAGCGUGAGGGGAGGAGGGAGCAUCAGGUGUCUGGAGGGGAGGGAUAUAGAGGUUGGGGUUCAUAACAACAACGGAGGGGCUCUUGCAGCAACAGUUGGCCCUGGGCACCUUGCUUUGGCCCUGCCCUCUUCUUUGACAGCUGCCACCUCUGAUACAAACCUCCCUAUUUUGUCCAGUCCUACUGCUGGAGCUGCGCCAACUCCAGGCUCCCUCUCUGUAGCCCUGGCUCCAAAAUCGAGGGUCUUGAAGAGGAACUCUGUGCCAUUUGCUGCUCCUGCUCCUAAAAACUACCCUACCCUUCAGGCCCGAGCCCUGGCAGAGUCCAGAAGAGGAAGUGUUACAGCUAGCACUUUGACAAACAUCAACUUCAACCUCAAUAUUCCACACAUGCCUUUGGAGAGACGACCAUCGAGCCUGGUGGACACAUACAAUCCAACAGCCCAGCUCUCCCGCCAGCUGUCAGCUCGUGACCUCAGCACCGGCAGCAGUGCCAUGGAUACAGCUGCUCUGACCCUGGACCCUGAGAGCUGCCCCUACUGCUCCAAGGCCCUGGCCAAUGAAUCAGAGGGUUGCACCGAAGGCAAUGAAACCCCUGGUGAUUCUGACAGCGAGGGUGUAUAUGAGUUUGCCCAGGACCUCCACCACCGGGAUAGGAGGGACAGCCGGCAGCCCAAAAAGAAGCAUCGCACUCUGGGCAAAACAGCGGCCAAUGUUGUACACUUCUGGAGGCUGGUGUGUGACACAUUCAGAAAAAUCGUGGACAGCAAGUAUUUUGGACGUGGGAUUAUGAUCGCAAUUCUGAUCAAUACUCUGAGCAUGGGGAUCGAGUACCAUGAGCAGCCCGAUGAAUUGACCAAUGCAUUGGAGAUCAGUAACAUUGUGUUCACAAGCCUUUUCUCCCUGGAGAUGCUGCUGAAGGUUUUGGUCUAUGGGCCCUUUGGCUACAUCAAGAACCCCUACAAUAUCUUUGAUGGCAUCAUUGUGGUCAUCAGCGUGUGGGAGAUUGUGGGUCAGCAAGGGGGCGGUUUGUCAGUCCUGAGGACCUUCCGGCUAAUGCGGGUGCUCAAGCUGGUCCGUUUCAUGCCGGCCCUGCAGAGGCAGCUCGUGGUGCUGAUGAAGACCAUGGACAAUGUGGCCACCUUCUGUAUGCUGCUCAUGCUCUUUAUCUUCAUCUUCAGUAUCCUGGGGAUGCAUCUGUUUGGUUGUAAGUUUGGCUCAGAGAGGGAUGGAGACACUCUUCCAGACAGGAAAAACUUUGACUCUCUUCUCUGGGCUAUAGUGACAGUCUUCCAGAUCCUAACCCAGGAAGACUGGAACAAGGUCUUGUAUAAUGGCAUGGCCUCCACCUCUCCCGUAGCUGCCCUCUACUUUAUCGCACUCAUGACCUUUGGCAACUACGUGCUCUUCAACUUGCUGGUGGCCAUCUUGGUCGAGGGUUUUCAGGCAGAGGGUGAUGCCUCUAAAUCAGGUUCAGAGAUUGAUUCCUUCGCACGAAGUAUGGAGGAUGUUAACGGUAGCAAGAAGGACUUGUCAGCAUCUGCAGUGCCUGUAAAUGGUCAUGUGGACUUGAAGACCAGCCUGACCCCACCUCUAAUUACCCACACGGCUGCCACCCCGAUGCCCGUACCCAAGUUGCCUGUUGGAGGUGACCCCAUCCUGGGCUGCGAGUCCCGUCAAGGCAGCAGUGUCUCCAUAGACCGAGCCUGCUAUGACAAGUCACCGACCAGCGCCCGAAGCUCUUCUCCCUACGCCCCCUGGAGCUCUGGAAGCGGCCGGACCAGCAGACGUUCCAGCUGGAACAGCCUGGGUCGCGCCUCAUCGCUCAAACGCCAGAAGCAGCCGUGUGGGGAGCGACGGUCGCUCCUCUCUGGGGAGGGCAGCUCCAGCUCAGAAGAUGGGGAAGGUGGAGGAGAUGGAGGAGAUGGAGGUGGCGGUUUGAUGGAGGAAGACGCCGCCUCCCUGGCUAGGACAGAUUCAAUGUCCCAGCCACAGAGAGGGCCACAGCACAGGAGGAUGGAGUCAGUGGAGACUCGUAGCUCCUUAGAUUUGCCACCUGAUGCUCUGCUACAGGUUCCCUACCUGCACUGUUCAGCCAGCAUGCACAGCUCCAGACCCCCCUCACUGGGUCACUUACGGCCCUUAGAAUACAGUGACUGCAAUGGAAAAGGCUGUCCGUCAGCCCUGGGUCCCACACACGUCUCCCUGGAAGACAACACUGAAGACGAAAAUGCAGAGGAGGACGCCAACCUGGGACGUUUUGCCAGACUGUUCCGCUGGCUGGAGAAGAAGCAGCCAGAGUGGUGUCGACAAAGAGACACCUGGUCGCUGUACCUCUUCCCUCCAGACUCCAGGUUUCGAAUCCUGUGCAACAAGAUCAUCAACCACAAGAUGUUUGACCAUGUGGUGUUGGUCAUCAUCUUCCUCAACUGCAUCACUAUUGCCAUGGAAAGGCCUCACAUCAACCCCACCAGUGCCGAGCGGAUCUUUCUGACAGUGUCCAACUACAUCUUCACAUCGAUCUUUGUGGCUGAGAUGGCUGUAAAGAUUGUAGCAAUGGGCUGGUGUUUCGGAGACCAGGCCUACCUGAGGAGCAGCUGGAACAUACUGGAUGGGAUGUUGGUGAUGAUUUCUGUUAUUGACAUCCUGGUGUCUCUCAUCUCCAACUCGGGGACCAAGAUCCUGGGCAUGCUAAGAGUGCUGAGGCUGCUGAGGACCCUGAGGCCACUGCGCGUGAUCAGCAGAGCGCCAGGGCUGAAGCUAGUGGUGGAGACCCUGAUGUCGUCACUGAAGCCCAUCGGCAACAUUGUGGUCAUCUGCUGCGCCUUUUUCAUUAUCUUUGGAAUCCUGGGAGUCCAGCUCUUCAAGGGGAAGUUCUUCGUUUGUCAAGGGGAGGAUGCAAAGAACAUGACUAACAAGUCAGACUGUUUGCAGGCCAACUACAAAUGGGUCAGGCACAAGUACAACUUUGACAACCUGGGACAGGCCUUGAUGUCUCUGUUUGUUCUGGCGUCAAAAGACGGCUGGGUGGACAUUAUGUAUGAUGGACUGGAUGCUGUAGGAGUUGACCAACAGCCAAUAAUGAACUACAACCCAUGGAUGCUCCUGUACUUCAUCUCCUUUUUGCUGAUCGUGGCCUUCUUCGUGCUCAACAUGUUCGUGGGUGUUGUGGUGGAGAACUUCCAUAAGUGUCGACGCCACCAGGAGGCCGAGGAAGCCAAGCGCAGGGAGGAGAAAAGAUUGAAACGCAUGGAGAAAAAGAGACGGAGUAAGGAGAAGGAGCUGGCUGAAGCUCAGAGUAAGCCAUACUACUCUGAUUACUCCCCCACUCGUCUGCUCAUCCACAAGCUGUGCACCAGCCACUACCUGGACCUGUUCAUCACCAUCGUCAUAGGGCUCAACGUCAUCACCAUGUCCAUGGAGCACUACCAGCAGCCCAAGGAGCUGGAUGAAGCCUUGAAGAUCUGCAACUACAUCUUUACCCUCAUCUUUGUUCUGGAGUCCAUCUUCAAGCUGGUGGCGUUUGGUUUCCGACGCUUCUUUAAGGACAAGUGGAACCAGCUGGAUCUGGCCAUCGUGCUCCUAUCCAUCAUGGGCAUCACUCUGGAGGAGAUUGAGGUCAACGCUUCACUGCCCAUCAACCCCACCAUCAUCCGCAUCAUGCGAGUGCUGAGGAUUGCACGAGUACUGAAGCUCUUGAAGAUGGCGGUGGGGAUGAGAGCUUUGCUGGACACCGUUAUGCAAGCCCUGCCUCAGGUGGGGAAUCUGGGUCUACUCUUCAUGCUUCUCUUCUUUAUCUUUGCAGCCCUGGGAGUUGAGCUGUUCGGUGACUUGGUUUGUGAUGAGCUCCACCCGUGUGAAGGUCUGGGACGAUAUGCUACUUUCAAAAACUUUGGAAUGGCCUUUCUGCUGCUCUUCAGAGUUUCCACUGGAGACAACUGGAAUGGCAUAAUGAAGGACACAUUAAGAGACUGCGCCCAGGACACGGGCACCUGCUACAACACUGUGGUCUCUCCCAUCUAUUUCGUCUCCUUCGUGUUGACUGCUCAGUUUGUUCUGGUCAAUGUUGUCAUUGCCGUCCUGAUGAAGCACCUGGAGGAGAGCAACAAGGAAGCCAAGGAGGAGGCAGAGAUGGAGGCGGAGUUUGACCUAGAACUCCAGAUGGACGGAGGAGAUGCAGCGACAAGGUCCCCGCAGCUCAACCCUCUGGCACUGAGUAUGGACAGGUCAAGCUCUGGGGGUUCCCCCUGGAGGUCCCCCAGUGGACAGGACAGUGAGCAGGAAAGGGAUGGUCCUAUGGACUCACCCUCUGCUGAUAUAACCAGAGACUCUGUAGACAUCAGAGACCCUUCUUCAUGUCUGGACCCACCACUGGAGCAGGAGCGGCUCGAUCCUGGGAAACCCAAAAAGCCACUGGCAGACAACCUGCUGAGCAUCAGGAAGCCCUCGGUGGGACGCACACACUCCCUGCCCAACGACAGCUACAUGUUCCACCCACUGCAGGCCUGUGCCCGCACAGCCCCGACUUCAGCACAUCGUCUAACCCACACACAGGCGCCCCGGCACAUAUUUGGCACCCACAGGACACAGUCAGGCUCCAGUGGCUCGGUGCGUUUGCAACCUGAGGAGUCCUCUCAGCAGCUGAAUGUUCCCACAGAGCUCUUCAGACCCAUCAGCCCUCACAGCCACUCAGACUCAGAGAGUAUACCACGACUACCCCCUCCCAGAUGCACACACACACUCAGCCGCACACUCCGCAGACAGGUCGCAGUGUCUACUGAUUCUCAGGAGGCCCUGUACUCGGACGGAGGGGACAACAAUGAAGGACUUGUGAAUAUGGCCUCUCUGGUCCUACCUCCGUCCUCCACCUCUUCCUCCUCCCCCACCUCGCCAUCCCCCUGCUCUCAACAUCAUCAGCAACCUGCUUUCUGCUUGGUUCCUGCCACGCCAGGUGCCUCCCCUAAACCCUCGCGCCCCAGCAGCGUGCACACCCAGUAUCAUGACCAGCACUGCCUCCACUCCUACUCCUCCUCCUCGCCUCCUCCACUCUUACCAGCCAGACUGCACCAACAGGAGGAGGUCUUGGUGGAUCAGGAAGUGUCACUUAUUACUCGUGCAGGGUUGGCUGGCAGUGAUGACAUCAUGGCAGAGGACAGCAGCAAUGGUAUUGAGGGUUACAGCAGCUAUGCAAAAUGCCAGGAAAACCAGAAUCCAUGUUUGAGGCAGCUGAAGAGGUUCCACAGUGCUGACACGCAGGGCCGGAACACUCUCCUGCCCCGCCAACGCCCAUACUCCUGGUUGGAUGACCUACGCCACCACUCUGUAGAAGUGUGCUCCUCGGUGGAGUCCAGCCCUCAGUGCAGCACCACCUCCACCUCCUCCGGCUUUGUGUCACAGGCCGACAGCCUGCAGACCCACAGCCAGACUCCCACUCAGACUUCGCUGCCCUCACCCCGGCGCAAGAAGAAAAUGAGCCCUCCCUGUAUUUCUGUAGACCCUCCUGAUGGACUGGAACCUCAGCCUGGCCUCUACCCAGGCCUGGGUGGGUUUGGGGGCAUGGGGCUAGGGGGGUUAGGAAUGCCCCCUCCUCUGCCCAGCCGGGACACCUGCCUGAGGAGGAGAGUACCCUCCAGUGACUCCAAGGACUCCUUUGACCUUGGGGUUGGUGAGGGUUCAGGACAGGAUGGAGGGUCACCAAACCCCAACACCAACACCAAGCUAUUGACUCUUCCCAGUUUCUCCUUUGACAAGACAAGCUCUGAGCACUGAACACUGAUACUCCUAACGCACACAGACACACGCACACAUCCAAAUGAACUCUCCACACACACAAACACAUGAUGCACUCUGUGUAUCUGUGAUGGUGAUAGUUCUAGUAAUAAUGCUGGUGAGCGUAACAACAAACAGUAAAAACAUCCUUGGUUUCAUAAGGAGUGCAGUACUGUAGUAGUGUGACCAUCCCUUGUCUUUGUAUUGUUACUGCCAAAACAACCAGAGAAGAAGAGAUCACAUGAAACCAACCUGAUCUUUCUCUCCUGAUAUGCCUGCAUGCCACUGGCUGCAGCUUGACUCCAUAACCUCUGGAGUGGCAUCAGCACCUGGGAUGUGGUGGCUUGUGUAGUCACCAUCUGAACUGCCCAGUGUUGCACAUAGAUCUUUCCCGGUCCGUGGAGGUCCAAAGCAAUAUGAACAUUUUAGAGACACUAUUUUCUUAAAUUAUUGGCCCACAGUGUUUGUACAGGAUGUUGUUUUUUUUUACUUUCAUUUGAUUGUUUUUCAUGUUUUUUGUGAUUUCCUUUCUAUUUUGUCAAAAAUGGUUUGUCCUUGUCUUUUUUUCACUGUAGGAUAUUUCUAGCUUUCUUGGUUUACUGAGGAAAGUGAAUGUUUUUCAAAGUGCUGA